CCUUCGACCCCCGGUGUGUGUGUGUGUGUGUGUGUGUUGCCAGCGGACUUUGGUGUGUCGGCUCAGAUCACCGUGACCAUCGCUAAGAGGAAAUCCUUCAUCGGGACUCCGUACUGGAUGGCUCCGGAGGUGGCGGCGGUGGAGAGGAAGGGAGGAUACGAUCAGCUGUGUGACAUCUGGGCCGUCGGCAUCACCGCCAUCGAACUGGCAGAACUACAGCCGCCCAUGUUUGACCUCCACCCCAUGAGAGCUCUGUUGCUGAUGACCAAGAGUAACUUUCAGCCACCCAAACUGAAAGACAAGAUGAAGUGGAUCCCGUCUGGAAACACCAGAGAAGGAAAAACUCUGUCUGAGAUUAACUUUGAUCAGAUGAAGUUUGAUCCUCCUCUGAGGAAAGAGACUGAAGCUCAUCAUGAUGAGUCGGAUCGUUUCCUGGACUGUGAGGAGGAGCUUUACUUCACCGCAAGAUCACACCUGGAGCUGCAGGUGAAAGAUGAAGAUGAAGGACCAGUCGUCGUCCUCAGUAGAAACAGUGUAAAAGACUUCACGUUGCGGCCCGGCUGUCCUCACGAAGACCCUGAAGACCCUGGAGUUCCUCUCACUCAGGAUGGACACCCGCCCCCUAAUGAUGAUCACCAUGGAAACCAGGGACACGUCUCCUCCUCUGAUCAGCAGUCUGCAGCACCUCCUGCUGUUCAGCACACGAAGGACAAGAAAGAUCCUCCAAUACCUGUUAGCAACGGACUUCCACCUACACCUAAAGUCCACAUGGGAGCUUGCUUCUCUAAAGUUUUUAACGGCUGUCCUCUGAGGAUUCACUCUGCUGCCUCCUGGAUCAACCCGGAGACCCGAGAUCAGUAUCUGAUCUUUGGAGCUGAGGAGGGAAUUUACACUCUGAACCUGAACGAGCUGCAUGAGAACUGUAUGGAACAGUUGUUUCCUCGCAGGUGUACCUGGGUUUAUGUGAUGAACAACACUCUGAUCUCCAUCUCAGGUAAAGCCUCUCAGCUCUACUGCCACAGUCUGGCCGGUCUGUUUGAACAGACUCGACAGAAACAGAGGAUCACCGUUUCCAUCUCGACUCGCCGUCUGCCCGACAGCAUCCUGCCCCGGAGGUUUUCCAUCUCCAAUAAGAUUCCCGAUACAAAAGGCUGUCUGAAAUGCUGCGUAGUGAGAAAUCCCUACACUGGUCAUAAGUACCUUGGCGGAGUAUUCCAAUCAGGUGUGGUCCUGCUGGAGUGGGUGGAGCCUAUGCAGAAGUUCAUGCUGGUUAAGAGCGUGGACUUCCAGCCUCCGUGUCCUCUGGAGGUAUUGGAGUUGCUGGUUGUACCCGAGCAGCCGUACCCUCUGAUCUGUGUUGGUCUGAGCAAAGGAACUAAACCCAACCAGCCCGUCAGCUUCCAGACCCUCGAUCCAAACUCCUCCUGCCCCGCCCCACCUGACACAGGUACAACUCCUCCUGUCUCAGAUACAUCUUCUCCAGAAUCAGGUACAACUACCCCCAACUUAGGUACAACUACCCCCCAACUUAGGUACAACUACCCCCUGACUUAGGUACAACUCCUCCUGACUCAGGUACAACUCCUCCUGACUCAGGUACAACUCCUUCCGACUCAGGUACAACUCCUUCCGACUUAGAUAUAACUCCUUCCGACUUAGAUAUAACUCCCCCCGACUCAGGUACAACUCCCCCCGACUCAGGUACAACUCCUCUUUACUCAGGUGCAACUCCUCCUGUCUCAGAUACAUCUUCUCCAGAAUCAGGUACAACUACCCCCAACUUAGGUACAACUACCCCCUGACUUAGGUACAACUCCUCCUGACUCAGGUACAACUCCUCCUGACUCAGGUACAACUCCCCCCAACUCAGGUACAACUCCUCUUUACUCAGGUGCAACUCCCAUCUGACAAAGAUACAUCUCCUCUCAGGAACAACUCCCCCUGACUCAGGUACAGCUCCUUGUGUCUGAUAUACAAGUAUGCCUGACUAAGUUAUACCUGAUGACUCAGAUACAGCUCCUCUUGACUCAGGUACAACUCCUCCUGUCUCAAAUACAACUAAGCCUGACACAGGUAUACCUCAUGACUCAGGUACAACUCUUCACAACUCUUCACAGAGUUUGCUACUGUAUCAGCAGCAGUGGCGGGCCGUGUGUUUCAUACCUGGGCCUUCAGUGCUGUCCUACUACAGUUGAACCACCUCCUAAUA